AAAAUAGCAACGGUAAAACAAAUUUUUGCUCAACAUGAACACAGCGUUCGUAAAAUGAUAAAACACUAAUAUCCGGACGGAAACACUUCUCUCAUUGCUUGAAUAGCUGCGAUUUUAUAGUCGCGUUGUGCUGAUAUUCAACUGAAAUUGUUAUUUCAGUAUACUGAAUAUUCGCCUGUUCUGUUGCUGGAUGGAUUACUUCUUCUAAUACUAUGAGCUGAUACAUAACCCUAGUUAAAAUUUAAAACACUCGUUCCAUACUGCUGCCCGCAGACACGUGAUGCACAAACAGCGAAAGAAAUUAACGCUAAAGUGGCCAUUGUCACACCACCAUAAUGGGAGAAAUUUAAUACUAUUGUUCCCCUUCCCGUUACAAUAUUAUAAAACGGAUUGACAAGUAAUUUUCCAUUUUAUACAAGCUCACACUUUCACGUUUGCAUUCAAAAUGAUUGAGAAGAUUUUAAUAUUACUGAUAUACAUAAGUUGUUGCUCAUCUAGUGAAGUUAGGGAUGUAAGUGCUAAAGUGCAUUUCAGAGGGAGAGGAAUUUUCAACGGUAUAUCUUUUCCGAAAUGGGAUCGCUCAGUUGUAACCAAACAUCACGAUCAGAAACAAGAAUCAAAGUUUUGGCCUCCUGUGCAGAAAGAAAGUAGAUUCUUGUCACUGUUCACGGUUGUGACAUUCCCCAAUGGGGGCUGUGCCGGCGCGUCAGGGGACAACGGCACUUGCAUGACAGCCAGGGAAUGCUCGGCUCGCGGCGGCUCCGCUAAUGGAUACUGUGCUAAUGGUUUUGGACUUUGCUGUAUAUUCAUGACAUCAUGUGGGAGCUCGACAUCAGAAAAUGGAACGUAUUUCGUUAACAAUGGUUAUCCGUCGGCGUACGACGGCACUGGUUCAUGUGAACUCACCGUCGUCAAGUCGCAUACAGAUGUUUGUCAAAUCAGAUUGGACUUCAAUCGUUUCUCCAUUGCGGGUCCUGACCAAAUGAACCACGUCUGCAACCAGGAUCAAUUUAUAGUUUCCGGUGGUAAUCCGGUGCCUGCCAUCUGUGGAGUCAACCAAGGAAGUCACAUGUACAUUGAUGCUGGGAUAGGUACUACGAAUCCCGUAAAAUUGACUUUCGUCACAAGCGGUAAUUCAUUUGAAAGGAUGUGGAAGGUGAAAGUCACUCACAUUCCUUGCAACAGCAUUUACAAAGCUGACGAAGGCUGCCUGCAGUACUACACGGGCGUCUCCGGACAACUUCGGUCUUUUAACUACGAUCCAGCCUCAGGUCUUCAACUCAGCAACCAAGACUACGGAAUCUGUAUCAGGAUGGAACGAAACUUUUGCGGGAUCCAGUAUACUGCUUGCCCUGAUACUGUUAACAACCGAUCUCGUUCCUUUACACUGAGUGGAAAUAGCAAUGGUCCAGUAAACGCAAUGAUUGGUUCAGGAACUGGUCCAAACAAUUGUGCCAGUGACUGGCUGCUUAUACCAUGUGCGACAAAUGUUGGCCGAAUUCAACCAUCGCAAGCAUUAUGUACCGAUCGUGUUUGUGGCGGGACAUUCUCUGCAGAUUUGACUAUGCAACCCUCCACUGUGUUGAGUACUGUUAAACCAUUCCGGUUGUGGUUUCAUACUGACAACGUAGAAGCCCCCGUUGAUAUAGAUAAUAGAGGAUUUUGUCUCAACUAUAUACAACAGCCAUGUACGAAUAACGUUAUUUAGAAUUAUUGUUCAUUCAAUUUUUGGAUUUAUCAAGAAUUAUUAUUUCUACACAAGAUAUUAAAGUGCAAAUACUACUUACCAUGCGAUAAAAGAAAGAACUAGCACUCUAUCGAAAUUAUACUCAAUUGUUUGUGAAAAAGUAUAAAUAUUGUUACUAUGUAUCAAAUAUCUUUAAUUUAUGUAUACGCUGUUUUGCUGGUAAAUAUGAGGAAAAUUAGAUUUUAAUGAUACAGAAAUUAAAGAGCUUCAAGAAAGGCUUCCCUUGUCAGUGUUUCACACGGACUUAUGUCCGAGUUCGGCGAUAAUGUGGAGCCUAGAUAAAACUUCGUCUACCGACGCAGUCGAGUAUCAGCACUGGAAUGGCAUAGUGACGUUAAGUUCAAGCUGAGUUAUAUGUUAGAAAAAGUGCCCAUCAAUUAAUGAAAAUAUUACAUAAACGAGCAACUUAUGAACUGUGUUUGGUAGUAAAAUAGU